AUAUAAAUUAUGAGUGAACAAGAUUACCAUACAAAUUCACGUUAUUCAACACUCUAAUCAAAUAAUUACUAGAGUUAAUUAUUAACCACUCAUUUUGGAAAGUUGUUGGAUAAGAACGAAGCAUUCUUCAAUCAUCUUAAAGGGGACUGUAUUUGUGGUAGAUGUAUUUGUGGAUAAUGCAAAUGUCCUAAAAUGCUUCUGUCAAAUGAUUUUAAAAAAGGAUAAGAAUCUUUGUAUUAAAGAGAUUUUAUCACACAUGGUAAAUAAAAGUAAAUUCCUCUGAUUGAUCACAAUGUAACUUACAAGAGUUAGUUACCUAUGGAUAUAGAUACUAUUUAAAGAGUAUUAAUUUACUAAUAAUAAUUUAGAGUACAUAUUAAAUUCAUCGUGAUGCUAAACCAGCUGAAUCUUUAAAACCUGAACAAAAAGUCUUUUUGAUUCCAUUCAGUAGUUCAUCAGCAUAUAGAGUAAAAAUAUUUAUAUUUUUGUAUUUAGCUUGAUUAUGCUGGAGGUGGCAUGUCAUCUCUUAAAAUUAAUCCUCCUCAUCAUCCUACUGUAGUUGAUAUGCCUAUGACUACACAUUCAACUUAUCAAGAUAAUUUUUAUAAAAAACCUAUUCCAAGAGAAGAAUUUUUAACUACUGCAAACAAAAGCAGUUUUAAAAGUCCUAUAUCUCCAGAAUUACCUUUUAUUCAUCAAUCUACAAAUAAUGCUUUUUAUAAACCAUAUCAAACUGGAAAAUUGAAUAAAAUUGAUCCAGAAUAAGUAUAUUUAAUAAUUUAACUAUUAGUAAGUCAAAAUGAUUCCAGCUUUUGAUGGUCAAUUUAAUUCAACUACACAAAAAGAUUUUGAUGAUAAGAAUCCAAAAAAAUGUCCAUCUAGAGUAUUUUUAAACUCCAUCUACAAAUAAAAACUUUAAUAAAUUGCUUGA